AUGAGUUCAACUCUGGAACAGCUGCGAGCGAUGACUGUAGUGGUGGCCGACACCGGAGACUUCGAGGCCAUUAAGGAGUUUAAGCCGACGGACGCGACGACCAAUCCUUCGCUGAUUUUAGCCGCGGCUAAGAUUCCCAAAUAUUCGGCGCUUAUCGACAAAGCCGUCGAUUACGGCAAGAAAAACGGCAACGAUUUGGAGAAAACCAUGGAUUACUUGUUCGUACUCUUUGGCACUGAGAUCCUGAAGGUUGUGCCCGGAAGAGUGUCGACCGAAGUGGACGCUCGGCUAUCGUUCGACAUCGAGAGCUCUGUGAAGAAAGCGCGACAAUUGAUCCAAAUGUAUGAGAAGGAAGGCGUGAAGAAAGAGCGUGUUUUGAUCAAAUUGGCGACCACUUGGGAAGGCGUCAAAGCGGCCGAACAGUUGGAAAAGGAGGGCAUUCACUGUAAUCUAACCCUAUUGUUUAACUUCGCUCAGGCCGUGGCCUGCGCUGAGGCCAACGUGACCCUCAUAUCGCCAUUCGUGGGCCGUAUAUACGACUGGUAUGUGGCGAAGACCGGCAAAAAGGUGUACGAGAAUCCGGCCGACGAUCCCGGCGUCAUAAGUGUGACCAAAGUCUACAACUAUUACAAAAAGCACGGCUACAAGACUGUAGUGAUGGGCGCCUCCUUCCGCAACACAUCCGAAAUCAAGGCUCUCUCCGGCUGUGAUCUAUUGACGAUAUCUCCGGUGCUUUUGGACGAGUUGUCCAAAGAGACGGGCGUUAAACUAAACCGGGCUCUGAGUGCAGAAGUGGCCAAAUCUCUAGACAUCCCUAAAACACAUUACGACGAGAAGAAGUUCCGAUGGGAACUGAAUGAGGACCAAAUGGCCACCGAUAAGCUCAGCGAAGGCAUCCGCAAGUUUGCCGCCGAUUGUAUCACUUUAGAGAAUCUCAUUAAACAAAAACUCAAAUAA